UCCAGCCAAUAUGGCGUCUCGCUGACAGUUCAGUGCUGGUGCCCAGAUCCCAAUCGCUGGGGUAUUGUGGGAGUGUGCCCCCUCUGUGCCCGGCAGCUAGGGGGUUUCAUGCCUUGUACUCGGGGGGCAGAGAGAUCAGAGGCUGGCAGGCCUGAGCGCCCCACCCUUAUCUCGGCGUGUGAGAUGCUUGUGCGGGUCACCGGGUGAGGAGCGGGGGAUGAGGGAGCGGCCCGGGGGCUGACUGACAGCAAGGAACAAGACAUGGGCUCGGUUACGGCCGGAGAUUCCGCUCAAUGGCUGUCGGUGAAGGAAGAGACCAUCUUUCUGCACGAUGGACUCAUUCGAGUCACCGACCUGGCCGAGCUACCCAGCGAGAUAGGAGUGACCGAGGCCGGCGACACCGACCUGGAGAUUUUGACAUUCGAAACAAAGAGCCCUACAGAAUUAGCAGAACGCUUGCGAGCAGUGUGUGGAAAUCAGAGCAACGCUUAUGCACGCUUACUUGAAUAUCGCCUAAACGCCUUGCGUGGAUUGUGGAAUGCACAGCGUCAGUUGGCUUUGGAAGACCAACAUGAAAGGGACGGCUCCGAUGAGGAAACACUGGCUUUACUUAAGCGACAAGGCCUGCUACAACAACCAGAACAGGCUCCAUUUACAUCUCGAAUGGGACUUUUGUUGGUGUUUCCCCUUAUUCAGUCUCAGAGUAAAACAGACCCCUCACUUUGUAAUAUAACAGCUGAGGUGUUAUUGAACUGCCUUCGAGACUGUCAGCCUUUGAGCCUCACUAAAGAACCAGCUGACUGCUUGAAUGGGAUAGAGGCUCUGCUUUGUUCCUGGCUGGAAGACACUUCUACUUUAGAUCAGCAAUGCUCUUUCAAGCAAAAAGAAAACUCUGCUGCUGCCCUGGUGGCCUUGGCAUGUGCCAGGGGAUCAUUAAAAACUUUCAUUCACACUGUACAUUUGCUGCAGAAACAGACAGACUUAGGAUCUUUGCCUGUGGCAGAUGUACUAUAUAGGUUGCUGCUGCUGGAAGGAGGGCCAGGAUCUCCCUCUUGUUUACUGGGAAGCAAGCACAUUGUAUCCUGGGGUUUCGAGGAUAUGCUUCCAGCUCCUGAUGGGACCAGUGGUGCAAAUAAUGAAAACAAAGAUGCAGAUUUGGGUCGCUGCUUGGCAUCAGAUGGGCUUUACUUAUAUACAACUAACUCUGUGGGAAGAGCGUUAAGCAAGCUGGGAUCAGGACUUCAUGGCACUUUACGAGGUUUUGUCUAUUGUCGAAAUGAAGAGUUGGAGGCUGGCUGGAUUGCUUAUGGAAGCGGGAAGCUGCUUCAUCGGCCAGCAUCUUUCGAUAACAAGCCUCAUUUCCUUUUCCAAAUAGUUGACCAGUACACCCUUCAGAUCACUCAGAUAAUCACAAUGCCAGCCAAUCAUUUUCCUGUUGGUAGCAACAUGACCACCGUGCACCUUUCUUCUGAUGGCACUUACUUUUAUUGGAUAUGGUCUCCAGCAAGUCUAAAUGAGAAGACUCCUAAGGGUCAUUCUGUUUUUAUGGACAUCUUUGAAUUAAAUGGAGAAAAUGGAGUGUACAUGGCAAGCUCUCUUCAUGAGCGCAUCAUACUGAUGAGGAAAGAGGGCGAAUCAGCAAAAAGUAUUAAUGAAAUGCUCCUCAGUCGAUUGUCCAGAUACAGAGCUUCUCCAUCUGCAACCCUUGCUGCUCUGACAGGAUCAACAAUCUCAAAUACUCUGAAAGAGGACCAAACUGCUGCAAACACAAGCUGUGGCCUUCCACUGAAAAUGUUAAGAAAGACUCCUAUGUACACAUGCGGCACCUAUUUGGUACUUAUAGUACCUCCCCCAGGAGGAUCCGGCAGUUCUGCAACCAGGUCUCUGUUCGGUGGAACUACUGGCUUAUCGUCUCUAAAAAUCCUUGCUUCCAGUCUGGUGUUUAACAUUUCUGAUGGGCAGUUCACAAACAGAGCCGACCUCAUCGAUGCUGCUGGCAGCUCUCUUGGACGUGGAGCACUAGUAACUGGACUUGGUGCUUGCUAUGAUACUAUGAAUAACAUGAUCUGGACCUGCUCCAAUGACUACAUUGAUCAGUGGUGUAAUCCAGGGAACCAGGCCUUCCAUGUGGUUUGUCAGAGAUUAGGGGUUACUCACAUCAUUGCGGACCCAAAAGGGGAUGUUGUCACCACCAAUGAAGUUAUAAACCAACUACUUCAUCAUGUUGGAGCAAUGUGUAUUCACCAGCUCAAUCUCUUGGCUAACAACAAUAGCUUACCAAUAACAACGUUCCUGGGUAAACAGCAUCCAAUAGAAUCGCACCAUCUGAACAGCAUAUGUGACAUCAUGGAGAAAGCCAUGGUCAAUGGGGAUAAAUGUAUCAUCCGUUGCAUCCUUGUGGUAUUUCAGGUUGUGUUUAAGUUUUUCCUGAACCCUCAAACGGAGAGGAACAGAGAGACCAUCCGCAGGGCCGGUUUAUUACUAUGGCAGCUGCUUAUGGCACCAAAAGACCAAAUCUGCCCGGAAAUCCAGAAGGAGGUCUGUCUGGCAAUCAGCUAUGGGUUAAAUAUUCUGAACCCAGGAGAACAGGAAAUCAAUAACUUACUCAAGCUAAUAUUAACCGAAGGUGACAGAAACUGUGGUCUUUCCCAGCUCCGAGACGUUAUCUUAACCAACUUGACUGAGCAACUUCAAAAUAACAGAUUUGGGAGCGAUGAAGACGAACAUUACAGACUAAAUGAUGAACUAUUGCACUAUAUUUUGAAGAUUGUUGUUCGUGAAUCUUGCAUUCUGAUCACCAAGUGCCAAAGUGUGUCAAAAGAAGAUUUCCAAAGACUCUUAUCAACUGUGCCUGUUGCCUCUCCAUGCCUGCGUUAUCUGAUGGCUGUACAGAAUCACCUCCUUAGUAACACUGUCUUAAUCAAACCUGAUGAGAAUGAUGACAGUGACAGCUCCCUGCAGGGGGAGACAUUGAAGGUACAGGAACUGCAGACAAGCAUUUUGAGUUCGGCCACCCAGAUUUUAACUGGGUGUGAUGAAGUACUGGAAAUGCUGCAGAGAGUCACAACUGCUCUCAUCAACAGUGACCUUCCUGAUAAAGAUUAUAGAUUGAAAGGCUUAGAACAAAUCACCAAGUCCACUAUGCUUGGCCACCUCCUGCCAGUACUACUUACAUCUCUCAUGCACCCCAAUCUGCAGACCUUAACAAUGGCAGAUGCCCUGAUGCCACAACUAGUGCAACUUGUACUCUACACUAGUCAGACGGCAUUAUUGCUUAAAACCCAGUGUACUACUCUGGCAGAUGUGGGAAUUUCCCCAAGUUGGGUAUCAGAGCAAAAAAACAAAUUAUCACCAGAUAACAGGAUGCUUGAAGAGAAGGAGGAGCCUGGUUUUCUUACUGGACUAAAGAUUCCAGCUCCAUGGGCUGCUGGAAAGACUGUGGAGACAGCACAUCCUGUUAGAGACAAUUAUAAGUUCAAAGAAAGUGUACACAUACCCGGGGCUCGAUGUCUCUACCUCCGCUUUGACAGCAGGUGUUCCUCGCAAUAUGAUUAUGAUAAGCUGGUGAUCUAUGCUGGCCCUAACACAAACAGCCGGAAAGUUGCAGAAUAUGGAGGAAAUACACUUGGAUAUGGAAGUAGAAGUGUACUGGGAACAGGCUGGCCAAAGGAUUUGGUGAAGGUAGAGGGCGAUACUGUCACAUUUUCUUUUGAGAUGAGGAGUGGUCGUGAGCAUAACACGCCAGACAAGGCUAUGUGGGGAUUCUCCUGUACUGUUAGGGCACAGGAGUCCUCUGAAGAUGUGUCUGGUGGGUUACCAUUCCUGGUGGACCUGGCUUUAGGGUUAUCUGUGUUGGCCUGUUCCAUGCUGCGCAUACUAUACAACGGACCAGAGAUCACUAAAGAAGAAUUGACCUGCCAUGAUCUUUUAAGGUCAAAACUUUUACAGAGGUGUCAAUGGCAGGUAGAAGCCAAUGGUGCAUUAUCGCCAGCCCUCACCCCAAGUCCAUCUCCUCUGCCACUUACCAUUGACGAAGACAGGGAGUUUUCAUAUCCCUCUGACAUACUUCUACCACCAGCAGGAAACUACUUUGAGCUGCCCAGAAUCAGGCUGCCUCCAGGCAUUAUGAUUAAACUGAGGGAAAUAUCAGGACGUGCCCGACCUCAGUUCAGGCCAAGCAUAAAGGAAGUUAUCCAACCAGAUGUGAUGGAGGAGAUGGUGGUGUCCUGUGUCAUUAAGCACCUGAAUUUGGUUGAUGCCCUUCAGUCCUUGAUAAACUAUCAGUACAGGGAGGAACAUCUAGAGGAAUAUGACCUGUUAUGUAAAAUAAUAGGAGAAACGUUUAAGAAACUGAGCGCUAUGGAAAGACAGUUACAGAGCGUUGCUGAGCUGGAACAGAAGUGGCAGAAUGAAGUGGAAGAUGCUUUAAAUGGAAAGCUAGAGAACAAUGCUCCGUUCUUUUAUGACUAUCACUAUAAUGAGAGCAAAAUAAAAGAAUUAGAGCUCUUGUGCUCCAUGAAAGAAAUACUUUUUGAUGGAAGUGAUCCUGAGAAUAUGGUUUUAGCUCUCAGAGAGAAGUUUUUCCAAGAGGUGAAUUCCUUGGCUCAGAAGCCCUCCCAUCCAAUGGCAAAAACAAAAACACUGGUGAAGAGUUUGAUGAACCGAGCAGAGCUGCUAUUGCAUGUCACAAUUGCAGCACAGUCUGGCAUCACCAGAAGCAUCUCUGGCACACCGACAGAGCCACCAGCAUGCAAAUCAUCUGAUGCUAAAGCAAUAUCUCAAGCAAUGCGCCAGCCAGUUUUUCUCCGUAGCAUGUCAGCACCUUCUGACCUGGAAAUGAUUGGAAACAGUGACCUGGAGUUUAACAGAUCAAAUUCAAGGAGACGCAAUGUAAGUAGCCACAGGAGCAGCUCCUUCACGUUGCUGCAGUCUCUGUCCAACGAAGACAGCAGGGACAAGCCUACUUACAGCGUCUUGUUAGGUCAGCUGUUUGCAUUCAUUGGCACCAAUCCAGACCAAGCGGUAUCAAGCAGUAGCUUUUUGCUUGCUGCCCAGACAAGGUGGCGCCGUGGGAAUACACGCAAACAAGCCCUAGUGCACAUGAGGGAGUUGCUGACUGCUGCUGUUCGGGUUGGAGGAGUAACACAUUUGGUUGGGCCUGUGACUAUGGUGCUGCAAGGAGGGCCAAGGAUUGAGGAGCUGACAUGUGGUGGAAUGGUGGAACAAGUUCAGGAAGCCUUUGGGGAGACCAUGACUUCAGUGGUGUCACUGUGUGCCCGCUAUCCCAUCGCCUGUUCAAACAGCAUCGGUCUGUUGUGUACAAUACCUUACACAAGGAGUGAAGAAAAAUGUCUGGUCCGCAGUGGAUUGGUUCAGCUCAUGGACAGGUUAUGUAGCCUGAGCAACCAGGCAGAGUCCAGCUCAAGUGAAAAACAGACCAGAAAACAAAAAGUGGCAACCAUGGCAUGGGCAGCCUUCCAGGUCCUGGCAAAUAGAUGUGUGGAAUGGGAGAAGGAAGAAGGUGGUUCUACAGAGGCGGUCCAUUCGGGUUUGGCUCGACAGGUUUCCACCCUUCUAACUAAUCAUCUGGCAAGAGCCACAGAAUGCUGUGGAAACCAGGCUGCUGGAAAUGAUGCCCUCCAAGAUGUUCUUAGUCUUCUGAAUGAUCUUUCAAGAAGUCAAAUAGGGAAGGCAAUACUGAGCCAACCAGCUUGUGUGUCCAAGCUCCUUUCACUGCUUUUGGAUCAGCGUCCUUCUCCAAAACUUGUCCUCAUCAUCCUUCAGCUGUGCCGGGCUGCCCUGCCACUCAUGAGUGUGGAGGAUUGUGAAAAUGUGGAACUUCCUCCAUGGAGCUACUCUGUGCCGUCACUGAAUAGUGAACAGGAAGAUCCCAGUGACCCGGCAUCUAAGAUUGCAUCUUUGCUUCUGGCAAAGCUGGCUGAUUAUGUGGUUCCAGGAUGUCAGACAGUUCUUUCCCCCACUGCCUCUGAGCCGGAUAGCAAUUUAUCUAAAACUAGUCCAAAAAACUCCCAGAAGGGUGACAAGGAUACUGGGGAGGAGAGUGAAGCUGUGGAUGGUAAACUGUCAAUUUUUAUCCACAAACGUGAAGACCAGUCCUCUCAUGAAGUCCUGCAGCCUUUGCUCAGUAGUUCAGAAGGACGACCAUUUCGUCUUGGCACUGGUGCCAACAUGGAGAAAGUUGUGAAGAUGGAUCGAGAUAUGACCAAAAGUGGUUGCUGUGAAGUGAUCACCGAGGAGACUGUUGCUGCUUUACGUAAAGCCACCAAAUGGGCCCAGUCUGGUUUAAUUGUCAGUGUUGGGCCACCAGUGGAGACAGUGAGUCCUGAAAUUGCCAGUGGCCUUUCUACUGGAGACAAAAAGAAAACUGCCCAAACCUCAAUCUGCAGAGAGAGGAAUUCAGAGCUUGCCAGAACUGAUCCCGUGCGUCCUUUUAUCAGCGGACAUGUUGCAAAUAGUAUGGCUGCAGAAGUGAUUGCUUUACUUCACAGUUUGCUUAUGGCCCCAGAGUCUAAUGCAGCACAGAUAUGGACAACAACUGCAGAAAAGGUCUUGUCACGUGCACUAAUGCAUAUCCCUCAGCUGGGCAAGUAUGCCGAGAGCAUCCUGGAGAAUGGUAGUGGCAGCACCAGAAAACUGGCCAAAUUGCAGGGCAUAGCUAGACAAGCCGUGGCAGCACUCUGUGCCCUUGGAGGGUUCAAGGAGACUAUUAAAAUAGGUUCAGAGGUUCAGGUGCUUGGUAAAGGAAUAUCUGGGAGUAUUGGAGUGGUUGUAUCUAUAAAUGAACAAGAAGGUAUUGCAACUGUGAGAUUUCCAUCCCUAGAUUUUAGAAAAUCCUCAAAGGCCUCAGACACACUGGCAAUCCCAUUGUUUAGGCUCUGCGUUCCUCGCUCGGAGGCAUUGCCUCUCCAUAAACUGUCUAUUACUGAGAAGGUAGUGCAGGCAGUCCAGUCCAUGUUACUUCCCCAGGAGGGAUGCCUGUCUAUUCAUACCUCACUUCCUGCAACAGGAGACGCCUCAACUCCAGUUAUGGCAGUAGUUCGGCUUCUUGCAGAGAUCAGGACAAGAGCUUGUCUGGUUAUGGCACAGCUGUUAGAAGACAGCUCCUUCUGUGAAGAGUUUAUACAGCAGUGCCCCGCUGCAGUAGAAGUGCUAAAUUUGGUAGCACAGGAAUGUAGUCCGGGUGAGCGCCUCUCAGUGGUAGAGGUACAGUGUGAGAGACUACGUAUGCUUUAUCGUGAUUGUGCUCGUCCCCCACCACCACCCCUGCAGACUGAGCGCAGACAGCCUAAAGAGAUAACCUGGUGUCCAUCCCGUGUCUUCCCUCCAGUGAGGGCCUGCAUGUUCUCAUCACAUCUGACAUCUGUAACUUUCCUGGCAGACCCGAGUGCAGGGGGAGGUCUGCCACGAGGAACAUUUAUCUAUGCAACAUCACCUGUACCAGUACAAGCUCCAUCAUUUUAUUGGGAAAUUGAAAUCGUUUCUUAUGGAGACGUAGAUGAUGAUACUGGCCCAAUCGUGUCAUUUGGGUUCGCAACAGAAGCAGAAAAACGAGAUGGAGCCUGGACUAACCCUGUUGGUACAUGCUUGUUUCACAACAACGGACGAGCAGUACAUUACAAUGGAUCCAGUCUACUGCAGUGGAAGAGUGUGCGUUUAGAUGUGGCUCUGUCACCAGGUGAUGUCGCAGGAAUAGGUUGGGAGAGAACAGAAGGUACACCACCACCUCCAGGUCAGCCUGCUAAAGGCAGAGUUUAUUUCACUUACUGUGGCCAGAGGCUUACUCCAUUCCUUGAAGAUGUGUCUGGAGGAAUGUGGCCAGUUGUACAUAUUCAGAAAAAGAAUACAAAAAUCCGGGCAAACUUUGGUUCACGUAAGUUUGCUUUUGCUGAGGGUCAAGCUCAUCGCAAUGCUGCGGAUUUGUGCAUUGACUUGGCUGAAGAGAUUAGUGCAAACUUUGAAGCGCUGCCUUUUGCCAUGGCCUCUGACAGUGACAAUGAUGCUGGAACAAGCAUAGCAUCGGAUCCUGGAAAUCAUGGUCCUCCAUGCCGCAUUGCUGCAGCAGCCACUGUCCUACAGCAGUAUGACAGCGAUGCCUCCUGUCAUUAUAAGGUGGAGCUGAGCUAUGAAAAUUUUAUUACAUCUGGACCUGAUCCACAUCCUCCGCCAAUUGCAGAUGAUGAGAGUGAUGACGACGAUGAUGAUGAUAUGCCACGGGAGGACCACUAUGCUUUACUGGUGAAAGCCUGGGAGACCAAAGUAUUUCCAACCAUUCGCAGACGGUUCCGUAACGAGGCUGAAAGAAAGUCAGGCUUGGACCAGAUUAAAGGAGCUUUACAGCUCGGAAUGGUGGAUAUAGCCAGGCAGACAGUAGAAUUUCUGUAUGAGGAGAAUGGAGGUAUCCCCAGAGAUCUUUAUCUCCCUACCAUUGAAGAUAUUAAAGAUGAGGCUAAUAAAUUCACCAUUGACAAAGUUCGCAAAGGUCUUACUGUGGUCAUUCGGUCUCCUGAUAGUAACAACAUUGCCAGCACUGGUGUGGGAACUGCUUUACCAAAAUUUGCCAUCAGGGGUAUGCUGAAGACCUUUUCCCUGCAUGGGGUUGUCCUGGAUGUCGAUUCGGUUAAUGAGUUAGUACAAGUAGAGACAUACCUCCGAAGUGAAGGAGUCCUGGUGCGUUAUUGGUAUCCCAUAGACAUGCUGGAGAGACCUCCUGUGGGGUACAGAAGAAUGGCCACUAAUGGCUUAGUGACUUUGGACAGCACAAACAUCCAGAUUCACAGGGAGCUACUAAGAUGUGAAUCGUCUUUAGCUAGACUCUACUGUCGUGUUGCUUUACUCAACAUCUUUGCACCAAAGUCCCCACACACUUUUACUCGCUUGUUCCACAUUCCUGCCAUCCGGGACAUCACGCUGGAGCACCUACAGCUUCUAUCAAAUCAGCUUUUGACACCACCCCUUCCUGAUGGGACUAUCAGCUCCUUCUCUAUACUUAUAGCCCAGUCCUUACAACACUGUAUCCAUUCCCAGAGUUGCUCCACCACAGAUCUCUUUUAUCAGGGAAAUGCUCAUUCAAUUCGAGAAUGGCUUUGUGUCGCCAUCACCAGGGCCCUACAUCAAGGGGAAGAUAGUCUUCUAGAUCUUACUAAGCAGAUCUGUUCCUUCUUACAGCAUGCACCAGAGCAGUUUCCAUCAGAGGAAUUCCCAGUCACUGAGUCCAAAGUCAGUGUGGAUGUGAAUUUUCCUGGAGCAGCCUUUGUUGUUGUGUCAUGUAAAGAAAGCCAGUCUGGUUUCCGGAAAGACUCUUCAUUGUACAAAGCUCCCUGGGCUCGGGUCUUAGUGUAUGGCCUCGGCCAUAAAGUGAAAAGAAAUGGGCAAUUAAACUUGAUAGAAUCUGUUUGUUUUCCCCGUGAUGCUUCUCCAAGUAAUACAGGCCUGACCCCACCGCCAACCACCAACCAGUACCCAACUGCAAUCAUUCCAACCGACAAGAUCCAUGUCAAAAUAGGAGUGUCUCCAUCUCCGGGAGCUGUGCUAGUUUUCCAUUCUAUGCCCCUGGAAUUUCCACUUGCAAUGGCUUUCACUGAGCAGCUCUUAACCUGGAAACUAGAGGAAGGAGAUGAAAGGUCCGAUGAUGAGCUUGGCACGGUCCCACCCUCUGUUCUGCUCCAAGUGGUGGAACUUCUAGCCAAUUUACUGUGGACAACAGACCUGGCUGCUGUUAUAAAGGAGCUUCUGUUUCAUCUGCUGGCUGAACUGCUACGUAAAAUUCAUCACCUUGAGCAGAAAAAGAAUCCUGCUGAUCUGUCAUCUUCCAUAGCUCUGCAACUAAAUCCAUGCCUAGCAAUGCUUAUGGCUCUACAGACAGAGCUGCGCAAGUUGUAUGAUGAGGAGACUCAAAACUGGAGUUCAGGCAACGCUUGUAGUGGCACUGUACCUGGCAUUACUGAACAAGGCAGGUUCUCCACUUACUUCCAUGCUCUCAUGGAGAUUUGCCUUGCUGUGGCAGAAGUUACUCUUCCUAUCAAUAUGAGCUCUGCAGUCAGUGUGAUGUCCUCAACAAAUGCUACAAACCUUAGUGACUCUUCUUCAUCUUCAUCAUCAUCUCCUGGUCAGACUCCUCAAAGUCCAAGCUUGCUCUCAAAGAGGAAGAAAGUCAAGAUCAAACGUGACAAGGCAUCCUCGGCCAAACGCACAACUUCACGUGGAGCAGAGAGUGACCCAGCCUUGCUUAGUAUGGGAGGAAGCAAGCCAGAGGACAUGUUAUGGUUCCACAGAGCCUUGACUCUGCUAAUGAUUCUCAGGCAUCUUACAAGUAAAGAUCCCCAAGGCUUGGGGGUCACCAGUGAUGCCAUAGCAGAUGCCAGUCAGGCACUAGUGGGUUCCACCGCCCAUAGCCGCUUGCUUGUUAUUUCAGGGAUCCCCACUCACCUAGAAGAGUCUGUUGUGAGAGGGGCUAUUCGGAAAGCAUGCAAUGCCCAUGGGGGUGUGUUUAAAGAUGAAAUUUAUAUUCCCCUUCAAGAUGUGGAAACUCCAAAACCAAAAGACAAAAUUGAAGGAGCUGAAUGCAAAACAGAGGCAGAGAAAACAGCCACAAUGCCAAACUCUGAUAACAUGGACAUUAGCAGUUCCAGCAGUGUGACCCCUGCAGUUAGUGUCAGUGCCUCUGCUUCCACAAGCCAGGCUUCAUUGUGCAGCUCGCAGGGCGUUUCCCAAACCCCCAGUGAGACAUCUGUAGAACAGCUUCCUCCAGAACUCGCGGUGCCACAAAGCCUUUUAGAGCCACAUGCAAUAUCCAGCCAGGAGAGUUUAGACCUUUCCAUAUGCAGUACGGGAAGCAUGGGCAGUUUGGGCAGCCUUGUGGAGCAACUUGACAAUGUAGAGGUAUCCUCCAUACCUGAUGUAGGCUCCAUGUUUACAGCCAGUUCGCUGGAUAACCAUACAGCCGUGUCUCGACCAAUCAAGGGAUUUGCAGUUGUGGAGGUGCGUUCUAAAGCCAAAAUUGAGAAAAUCCGAGCAAGCUUAUUUAAUAGCAGUGAUCUGAUUGGUUUGUCAAGUCUGGAUGGUGAAGAUGAGCUUAUGGAAAUGUCUACAGAGGAAAUAUUGACAGUCUCCACAGUAAACCAGAGUUUGUUUGAUACCCAGGGAAUUCCAGGCUUGGGAGAUUACUUCACUGACAAAACCCUGAAAGGUGACAAGUUGGUCCCAGAAGCUCGAGAUGUUCUCACAGAAAUAUUCAAGAGUUGCAUUCAUGCUGAACAAAUGCUCAGCCUGACUCCUGCCAAAUUCAUCAAGGUAUCGGAUAUUUAUCUGAGCAAAGAGCAAAUCAAUUCUCAGACACCAGGAAACCUUCUACAUACAUUCUUCACCAACGUUCGCCCCCCCAAGAAACUCCUGGAAGAUCAGCUUACACAGAUCUUGAGAAAAUAUGGAAUUGCUAAACCAAAGUUUGAUAAAAGCAAAUACAGUAAAACAGGGAAGGAGCAGCAUCCAGUAAAGGUUGUGAGCACUAAGCGCCCAGUCAGCAAACCUUCCACUAAGGAGAAAGCUGUGUUUAAUAGUGUUCGAACUGCUCUCAGUGAGAAGAAGCCCAUUGUAAAGCCAAAGUCUCCAGAGAAGAGUCGGCCAGAUGAGAAGGACAAUGACAAAUCUCCCACAAAGAAACAAGAAAUUGCAGAGGAAAAGUACCUGACACUAGAAGGUUUCCACAAAUUUGUGGUUGACAAAGCUAAGCAGGACAUCCGAAGCAUCUGGAGAGGUAUUCUGGCCUGUGGCUAUGACCUACACUUUGAAAGGUGUGCCUGCACUGACACCCGCCAUGCCCAGAAAUCCAGCAGAAAAUGGGCCCUUGAAAUGGAUGUUGCAUUGGUUCAAUAUAUCAACCGUCUUUGCCGUCAUCUAGCCAUAACACCUGCCCGGUUACAUCCUCAUGAGGCCUAUUUGGACACUUCAGACACUGCUGAUCCCAGGGUGUCCUGUCUGUUGAAUGUCCCCAUAGAAAGUCUGCGGCUCCGAUUUGCCCUCCUUCAGUCACUGAACACAACCUUAGAAACCUUUUUCCUGCCACUUGUGGAACUACGACAAACAGAAAUGUACUCGCACAGUAUUUCUGCUCUACUACAACAAGUAAAAGGACUGAUCUUCUAUGAUACAAAAGUGACGGUGAUGAAUCGUGUGUUGAACGCAACUGUGCAGAGGACAGCUGACCACGCAGCUCCAGAGAUCAGCCUGGAUCCACUGGAAAUUGUUGGAGGUGAAAUUAGGACCUCCGAGAACUCUUACUUCUGCCAAGCAGCUCGGCAGCUGGCCUGUGUUCCCUCCUCCCAGCUGUGUGUCAAACUGGCAAGUGGAGGGGAUCCUACUUAUGCAUUCAAUAUCCGUUUUACUGGGGAAGAAGUACAUGGAACAAGUGGCUCUUUCCGACAUUUUCUGUGGCAAGUGUGUAAAGAACUCCAGAGCUUAUCCCUCUCUCUCCUUCUGCUUUGUCCCAGCUCUGCGGUCAAUAAGAAUAAGGGGAAGUACCUUCUGACACCAAGCCCUAUAACCUAUUCAGAGGAGCAGUUGCUUCAUUUCUUUGGUCAGUUACUGGGUAUAGCUAUUCGAGCAGACGUACCGCUUCCACUGGAUCUACUACCAUGUUUUUGGAAGAUGCUUGUAGGCGAGCCUCUGGAUCUUGAGGCAGAUCUCUAUGAGGCUGACAUUCUAACCUACAACUACAUCAAGAAGUUUGAAAAUGUAAAUGAUGAAACUGAGCUGGAAGCACUUUGUGCUGAAAUAGGCUCGCAGCAUCUUUCCAGCGAGAGCCCUGACUCCCCCAACAAACCCAGCUGUACAUUUACAUUUUUAACCAUGACAGGGGAGGAGGUGGAACUCUGUCCGAAUGGCAGACACAUACCUGUGGUCUGGGAAAACAAGGACAUAUAUGCAGCAGGUAUUCGUAACCUGCGCAUGCGCGAGCUAAGGAAUCAGGAGUGUAUGAACGCAGUACGAAGUGGGCUGGGCUCCAUUAUCCCUCUGCAACUUCUCUCCAGCCUGACAGCUUUGGAGAUGGAGCUAAGAACCUGUGGGCUGCCAUUUAUCAACCUGGAGUUUUUGAAGGCUCACACAAUGUACCAAGUGGGUCUGAUGGAGACGGACCAGCAUAUAGAGUAUUUCUGGUGUGCUUUGGAAAUGUUCACUCAGGAAGAACUUUGUAAGUUCAUCAAAUUUGCUUGCAAUCAGGAGCGUAUUCCCUUCACGUGUCCUUGUAAAGAUGGGGGACCCGACACUGCACACGUCCCGCCUUACCCCAUGAAAAUAGCACCACCUGAUGGAGCAACAGGAUCCCCGGAUUCCAGAUACAUCCGUGUGGAGACGUGCAUGUUCAUGAUAAAGCUCCCACAAUACUCCUCCCUUGAAAUAAUGCUGGAGAAACUGAGGCACGCCAUCCAUUAUCGAGAAGAUCCACUCAGUGGUUGACCAUAAUCAGACGACAGGCAGAGGAGACGGUGAAUGAUCGGAGGACUGGAACUUGGCUACUAGAAAUUGCUUGCCCCCUGGACAGAACUCUGAGGAAACAAGACUACUGAACAUUAUGGUUUUGUUCUGCCCAAACCUGCACAUUUACCUUUUGUAUUUGUGAAGUCUCUGGUGGGGUUUUUGCCUUGUUUGUGAAUUGUUUGUAGAAAAAAAA